AGACAACACAACAACUCCUCUCCUCCUCUCAUUCUCCUUCCCCAUUCUCUCCCCCUCUUGAUUGCAGCAUCACAGACUGUCAUGGCUGACGUUUAUCGACCAUAUCAACGCGAGAGGUCUCGUUCACCCCGUCGUCGUUCGCGCAGCCCUCGACGUAGCCGUCGCUCCUAUUCGCCUCGGAGUCGCUCUCGGAGUCGUGACGAUUAUCGCCGCAGUGAACGCCGUUCCCGGUCGCCUAUGAGUACUGCACCAGGCGCGUCUGGAGGACAUUCUGGUUCUGGUUACGGUGGACGCAGCAGCUACCCGCCUCCUCCGAGAUCGUUUGAGGACCGCGCUGUCGCCAAAGAACAAAUGAUGCAAGCAGUGCGCGAGUCUUCCCAACAAGACCGUCGGGUCUAUGUGGGAAACCUUUCCUACGAUGUCAAGUGGCAUCACUUGAAAGACUUUAUGAGACAGGCUGGUGAGGUCAUCUUUGCCGACGUCUUAUUACUUCCCAAUGGAAUGUCGAAGGGAUGCGGGAUUGUGGAAUACGCGACCAGGGAGCAAGCGCAAAAUGCGGUCAACACGCUCAGCAACCAGAACCUUAUGGGUCGUCUAGUUUACGUUCGCGAGGACCGUGAACCCGAACCUCGUUUCACCGGUGGCCCUUCUCGUGGGGAUUUCGGCGGCGGCGGUGGUGGCCGCGGCGGUUUUGGUGGUGGUUACGGCGGUGGAGCUGGUGGAAGACAGCUCUACGUGUCCAAUCUUCCAUUCAAUGUUGGCUGGCAGGACCUGAAGGAUCUUUUCCGCCAAGCAGCUCAGCAAGGCGCCGUCAUCCGUGCCGAUGUUCACACCGAUGCUACUGGACGUCCCAAGGGUUCCGGCAUUGUCGCCUUUGAAUCCCCUGAUGAUGCCCGUAAUGCUAUCCAGCAGUUCAAUGGCUACGACUGGCAGGGUCGGGCUUUGGAGGUUCGUGAGGAUCGCUUUGCCGGUGCCGGACCGGGCGGAUUUGGAGGCCGCGGUGGCUUCGGUGGUGGCUUUGGCCGUGGUGGAUUCGGUGGUCGUGGCGGCUUCGGCGGUGGCCGUGGCGGCUUUGGCGGAUUCGGAGGUCGUGGUGGCUACGGUGGUGGCUACGGUGGUCCUGCUGGCGGCGGCGGCGGUGGUGGUGGUGGUGGCCCUGGCUUCGAGGGUGUCCCUUCGGUGCCCCCCAACCCGUUCACGGACUUUGCAACCUCCGGAGGCGAGAAGGGCCCAGUUAUCUAUGUCCGCAACCUGCCCUGGUCUACCUGCAACGAAGAUCUGGUCGAUCUGUUCUCGACUAUUGGAAAGGUAGAUCGUGCGGAGAUUCAGUACGAGCCCAAUGGUCGCUCUCGCGGCACGGGUGUGGUCCAGUUUGACAACGCAGAGACAGCAGAAACUGCGAUUGCCAAGUUCACCGGUUAUCAAUACGGUGGCCGUCCGCUCGGCAUCACUUUCGUCAAGUACAUGAAUGCAGGUGCUGGCCCCGGAGACGUCAUGGAGGGUGCCGAGCCCACUGGCGGUAUCACACAAGACCAGAUCAUGUAAUAGUAUCGUAUUCUUUCCCCCUUUCGACGGACCGAUGAGGUCGAAAAGUAUGCGAUGUAAUUACUCCCCGGUCAAAUGAUUCCAUGACCAAGUAUUCGUGUGGACGCGAUGAUGCUAUUCUAC